CGAAGGAGGGUCAAUGUCAGUUUAGAUAAACAAUCUUUCACCUUUGUUAAGGUAUGUUAUUUAUUUGUCACACUAUAAUUGUACUACGAUUUCAUGUGUGGUGUGUGUCUCACUGUCUGACAAGUAUCAUUUACCACGAGGCAAUAUAGCAUUGUAAACAUUUAGAGUUAGGAUAUUUUUUGUUAAAUCUUUGGGAAGCAGGAGGCAAGAAAAGGUCAUAUCAUGGGUCUUCCAAAGGUGCCACACUGGUUUAAGGAUGAACUAAGGGAGGUCUUCAGUCUUACAUGGACUAUGAUGGUGAUCUCGUUAUUCUCGAACCUGAUGGGACCAAUCAGCAUCGCAUUCUGUGGUCAUCUCGGCACCAAACAACUGGACGGAGUCGCCCUGGCUAAUACGCUGAUCAAUGUUUCGGGAGUUUCUAUCAGUCUCGGCCUUUCAACAGCAUGCGACACAUUCUUCUCUCAGUCGUUUGGAAGUCCGAAUAAAAAGAUGGUCGGUGUUUAUCUUCAAAGAGCAAUAUUGGUUUUCUCACUCUUCCUCUUCCCUUGCUGGGCUUUUCAAAUCAACACAGAGAGUUUCCUGAUACUUCUUGGUCAGGACAGAGAAAUAGCCAAAAUAGCCGGCCAAUACAUGCUUAUAUUCACGCCUGGUUUAAUUGGUAUUUUUAUGCAGAAUGUCCUACUCAGAUACCUCAGAGCACAGAAUAUCCUCUGGCCGACCAUGAUUAUCGGCUGUCUCGGCGUAGCAGUCAACGCCCUUUCACACUAUCUCCUCGUCCUCGUCGCUGAAAUGGGAACCGACGGGUCUGCCAUAUCUCAAGUGUUAGCCUUCUACAGCAUCGUCUUUGGGUGCCUGGUUUAUAUCAUUGGCUUCAAAAAAUACAAACAAACCUGGGGAGGUUGGACAUGGGAUGCGUUUCAAGAAUGGGGUUUGUUCCUUAAACUAGCACUCGGGGGAAUGUGUGCAGUUAUGAUGGAGUUCUUUAGCUUUGAAGCGGGCACGAUUCUAGCAGGGAUCUUAGGCGAGGUUCAGCUGGCCGCACAGUCGAUUAUGUUUCAGAUUGAUAUCCUUGCAUAUAUGAUUCCACUAGGGGUAGGCGUUGCAGCCAACAUCCGGGUGGGUCAGUUGCUAGGGGCCGGUGAUAAGGAACAGGUCAAAAGGGUCAUCAAAGUCGCAUACCUAUUAGUCCAUAUUUUUGUCGUAGUUGCCGCCAUUCUUAUUGUCACUCUGAGGUUUGAGAUUCCAAAGAUUUUCUCAGGCAGUCCGGCGGUCAUCGAAUACACCUCGAACCUCAUGAUUAUUACAGCCAUCUAUUUCGUUAUUGAUGGCUGCGUUGCGGUGGGUCAGGGAAUCCUAAGGGGCAGCGGACGACAAUUGACCUGCGCCUUUAUCACUCUCGUCGCAUUCUACCUAAUCGGUUUGCCAAUGGGGAUACCACUAAUGUUCCUCACUAGUAUAGAGACUGCAGGCUACUGGUGGGGUCUGGUCGCUGGUAUGCUGGUAACUGGUACUUCAUUACUAGUAAUCGUUCUCCGGACGGACUGGGACGAGAUGAUUAAACUGGCGAGGGAGAGAACAACUGUGAAAGACAGAAGUGCAGAUGAAAUUGAAGACAAUACCAUACAUGAGACAACAGCUCUUCUUGCCGACAAGCGGGAAUCAGAAGACGAAUAUCCCGGUGGAAGACACAUCGCCUACUGCGACAGGGCCGUGUCGAGCAGCGACCUGAGGAAGCCCCUCCCAACACCACACUACGAACCAUUCGGACCACAACUACUCUUCAAAAGGACUAUUUUCAUACUACUCAUGGUGUUGACACUUGCUUUAGGAAUUUUCAUCAGGUUUAACUUUUACUACCCGGACUUGCCAGCACCUAUGGAGGUUUUAUGUACCAAUGGUACAUCUAACAAUGGUACAUCUACUAAUGGUACAUCUACUAACACUACAACUACUAUUCCACUGAGUACCAUAACUUUACCAUUAUGCAAUUACACAACAGUUGUUCUGUAACUCUGCUUAUUUUUCUCUCAUCAGUCAUAUUGUAAUUGACGCUCAUUUAUUCAGAUACAGGGUGCAUUAUACAGCUCAAGAUCCUCAUUGUGAUUUGACUUUUAUGAUGCAUUUUUGGCAUUUUAUCUAAAAAAGCAUACUGCUAAUUUGAAAAAAAUACUAGUAAAAAUAUUUUGGUGGUAUUGAUGUUAUUGUUAUGACUCUUUUAGAAAUAAAGCUUUCUGAGCUUUUGAAAAACAUUUACCUGCUGAUUUUCGGUAAAGUGAAAACCCAUAGCUCUUUCAUAUUGUGAAAAACCUGGAAUGAGUUGGAUACUUUUUACUUUAAUAUUUUCUUCUUCUCUUAUUUCAUUAGAAAACUACAAUACUGAAAGUCAACAUAACCACAAAGUACUCAACAAAAUGCCCAAAGUCCAGUUUUGGUUCCAAGCAGAUCUAUCUAACAUUACGUGUCAUAUCUAUUGUUCUGUCAGUGCGAGUAAUCUUCUUAAAGACGUUUUCCUCGUUUUUUUAAACAAAAAAACAAGUGCAUGAACGUAAUCGGAUUUUGAUCCCGAGAGAGCAAGAAUGAAAGACAUUGUUGACAAAACUCCUUGUUGUUAUCCCUUUGAACCUCCGACAAUAGAAACACCCAACAACGAAACCUAAUGCGGAUUAUCACAAUUAAAACGGUCAUUAAAUGAUUGCAAGUGUUACGAUUAUUAUACAAAUCGAAAUUUUAAAGGUUUUGAUACCCCCUACCAUUCCUUUUCUGCAUUUUAAAAGACAUUAUUCUAGCUUUUAAUCUUUAAAAACCUACCGACUUUGAAAAAAAGCAGACUGAGCCAGGCCUUCAGAUUCAGAUUCGAAUGGUAAACAGCUUAACUCGGUCACGGCGGUGGGUUAAAAUCACUAUCACAGUUCUUCAAUUUGUUUCUUAUUUCAGAAACUGACUUUAUAUUAGCUAGAAGCUGCAAAUCUGUGGAGUGUACAUCCAUCUCAAUGUAUGUACAUCCAUCUAAAUGUAUGUACACCCAUCUAAAUGUAUGUACAUCCAUCUAAAUGUAUGUACACCCAUCUAAAU